AUGGUGAAGGCGACUCCAAUCGACAUGGCACUCUCCGACAUCAUCUCGACCAAGAGAAAGACCAAGAAAGGCGUGAAACGUCCAAUCAAAAAGUCAGCCGGAGGAAUCAAAAAACGAGGAAGUUUCUCAAACGCCGGUACUCCCAGACGUCAGAGUGGAGGUGGUCAGGGCGGUGUACGGAAAGUGAUCCGCAAGUCUGUCGGUGGUGGAUCAAAUGACAACAGACCAGUCAGAAUCAACAUUUCGAAUCUCGCCGGCACUGUUUUGUCGAGCGAUUUGCAAGAACUCUUCAACGCAUUCAAUCUUCGUAAAGUUUCCGUGAAUUUCAACGAGGAUGGAACUCCAGCUGGAACCGGAGAUCUCACGUUGUCCAAGUACAACGCCGAUCGUCUUAUUCAGAAGUUCGCCGGUGUCGCUCUCGAUGGAAAGGUGAUGCACUUCGCCGUUAUCGAGACAACCAACGUCAAACCAACGAGAAAGCCCGAAAUCCGAGGAACCCCGAAUCGCAGAAACUCCGCUGGACGACCAAACAACAACAAGAAAAUCGUACAGAAAUCACCAAGAAAUCAGAACGCCGCCCGGCCAGCCAAGAAGACUCAGAAGCCAAAACGUGAGCAGAAACCACAGAAGACUGCGGCGGAGUUGGACGCCGAGCUCGACGCCUACAUGUCCCGCUCCUAA